UGACAACAAAGCAAGUGCAGCGUAUCUGUAUAAAAACCUGAGGAAUACAGUAUUAAUAGGAUUUGGAGGCUGGUUUUAAAAAUCGGUAGUGAAGACAUCAGCUGAAAGAUUGGCUUGUGACCCGCACCUAUACUUACUUAAGGUGGUCACCUGUUCAGGGUGAAGUGGUGGUGAAGCACGAUAGCGCAAGUGGAUUAUUUUGCAGCAAAGCUUGCAUGGCCCCUCCCCUGGGGGUGUCCUGAUGUGCUGCCCAAGCCCUCCACCCAGUAUGAGGCUUUCUGAGACGGGUUGAGAACUUAUUUCACAUUUAAUUUCCACUUUCUUCACCACAUCUUUUUUCGGACCUGUUGAUUGUUUCAUGUUGCAAUUGAGGUGGCAACCAGUUGAGGGUGUACGCUGCCUCCUGACCAAAGAUCGCUGGGAUAAGCUCUAGCACUCCUGCGACCCUUGUAAAGAUAAGCUCAGAAAAUCAAUUUGUGGCUGGAUGGAUGGGUGGAUGGACUUGAGGCAACUUUAGGAGUUCCAUUGGUAAAAGCAAGUGCUAGUACCAGGAUGCCAUGAGAUGAGACUCACUGUCAUGCCAUGUUUCUCUAUGCCUUAUAAAGCACCAGAACAGCCUUAAGAAGCACUCAGCAGCAGUGUGGAUGCCUUGAAUUCAGUUCACAAGAAAUGGGUAGUUUUAAUUUCGGAGAGCCACUGAAUUAAGGUGCCUGAAACAUAUAUUGUUCCUUCCUACUUCUGGCUGUAGUUGUUUCAAAAGUACUGAGUCAUCUGCUUGUAGUCUUCCCAUUAUUGCAGCCAUCUGCUCACAAGACCAUCAAUGCUCAGUGCUGAAUCCUUCAGCUCCAAACAGGAGCUCCUUGACCUUCCUGGCCUCCCUCUGAGCAGGGUUCCCACUCUGGAUAUCCCCAGCCCACUGGAUCCUCAUAUAGAGAGCCUAAUGGACUCGGGACCCAGACGCCCUGAUGGUCCCGGUCAACCAUGCGAUUUCCCUACAGCUUCCACCUUUACAGGAAAAAUGUAUGGGGCGCAAACAACCCUUUGCGCAGAGUCACAAAUUACAUUAAAUGGAAUCUCCAAAGAUUCGGGUCAGCUUUGUGGCUGGGGGGCUUUGACACCCAAAGCUUUCCAAGUCUUCAACACUCCCCGUUGGGUUUUGUUUUUCCUGUGCGUGGCCUCUUUCCUCCAGGGGAUGAUCAUCAACGGCUUCAUCAAUACAGUGGUGACAACCAUUGAGAGGCGUUUCGACCUGCGAAGCUACCAAGCAGGCCUCAUCGCCAGCUCCUAUGACAUAGCGGCAUGCAUUUGCCUGGCCUUUGUCAGCUACUUUGGCGGGACGGGGCACAAGCCUCGCUGGCUUGGUUGGGGGGUUCUUCUCAUGGGACUGGGUUCUCUCCUCUUCGCCUUGCCUCACUUCACCACGCCACCUUACCAGGUCACUAUAUCCAAGGAAACGGAAAUGUGCUCUGCCAACCGGACUAGCCCUUGCCAGGACCAAGAGGCUGGGGGAUUGUCCAGCUAUCAGUUUUUGUUCAUGCUGGGGCAAUUUCUCCAUGGUGUGGGGGCUACACCCCUUUACACGCUGGGAGUCACAUAUCUGGACGAGAACGUCAAAUCUAGCUACGGGCCUGUUUACACCGCGAUCUUUUAUACUGCAGCCAUUGUGGGUCCAGCCGCAGGUUAUCUGCUCGGGGGCUACUUCCUCAACAUUUACACUGAGAUCCAGCUCCCGACAGAGAUGACUCCAGACAACCCUCUGUGGGUCGGUGCGUGGUGGGUCGGCUUCUUAGUCGGAGGGGCAGCAGCUCUCUUAGUGGCAUUUCCCAUCCUGGGCUACCCAAGACAGCUGCCAGGUUCUCAGGAGCACAAAGCCAUGCGUGUGUCUGAGACCCACCAGCUGAAAGAUGGCAGUCACUCCACGGCUUCAGACCCUCACUUUGGCAAAUCAGUCAAAGACAUGCCAAGAUCUGUACUGCUCCUCCUCAAGAAUCCCACCUUCUUGUGUUUGUGCCUGGCUGGUGCAACAGAGGCCACCCUCAUUGCUGGCAUGUCUACAUUUGCUCCCAAAUUCUUAGAGGCUCAGUUUAGUCUGAGUGCAUCUGAAGCUGCCACAUGGUUUGGUGUAAUCGUGGUUCCUGCAGGAGGAGGGGGCACCUUUCUCGGGGGCUAUAUCGUAAAGAAACUGAACCUCCGUUGCCGAGGCAUCAUUCGUUUUUGCAUGUUCAGCGCCAUGGCCAGUCUGCUCACCAUUUUCAUCUUUCUCAUCGACUGCCCCAACAUACCCUUUGCUGGCAUCAACGCUCCGUACCAGUCUGCUCUCAAGAGUCCGGAGGACCAUUUCAAGCAGCUUUAUAACCAACCUAAUCACCUGGUUCCAGGAAACAGCAGCUUUUCUGGAACGGAGGGCUUGACAGUGGGGUGCAAUACAGGUUGCGGCUGUGGCCGGGAGCUGUACAACCCUGUUUGUGGGGCUAAUAACAUCAUGUAUUACUCCCCCUGCCAUGCUGGCUGCACCUCAAUCAACCACACAGAGGACUCCACAGGCAAAAAGAUGUAUUCUGGAUGCAGCUGUGUGCUGGUGGCAGCUAAUGCCUCCGUGGAACUGAAUGGCUUCGCCAUGGCAGGAAAGUGUGCCAGCACCUGUCACACCAUGCCAGCCUUCCUCUUGUUCUUCUUCUUCAUCAUCUUCUUCACCUUCCUCUGUAGCAUCCCAGCGCUCACUGCCACACUCAGGUGUGUGCCAGACAGCCAGAGAUCCUUUGGCCUUGGCAUCCAGUGGAUUGUGGUCCGCACAUUUGGCAGUAUUCCUGGACCCAUCGCAUUUGGCUCAAUGAUUGACAUUUCCUGCUUACUGUGGCAAGAUCAGUGUGGAGAGCAGGGCUCCUGCUACUUCUAUCAGAACUCAGCCAUGAGUCGAUACACGCUCCUUGCUGGCGUCCUUUAUAAGUUUUUGGGGGCACUCUUCUUCCUGCUGGCCAGCAUAUUGUACAAGCCUCCUCCGCCGUCACUUCAAACUAGCCAUGAAAGCAGUGACCAAGAAACCUACAAUAAGAGCAACUUUCAUGUGAAAGACCUUGCUGAAGACGGUGUCAUCACCAACACGCAAGCCAGAUUUUGACAAGUCUUGGUUUAAGUGGCCGGUGCUUCUUCUAUACCUUCAGCCUUCUCUCAGUCGCAGGGAGAUUGUUUACCAGCACUCAAGCAAAACUUGCUCUCAGUUCAUCAAGUUCAAUUGGGUGACCUACUAAAGGGAAAUGAAGUAAUUAUUUAAUGAACUGAAUCAAGUAUGUAAACCAUGAAUUGAAAAGGAAGUCCGUCACUAAUCGUUUUUGGCUUCCAUGCUGAAAAAAAUAUGUAAGACACAUUUCCACCAACAAAUACUGCUUUUGGUGUGAGUUCAAUCGAUUUCUUUACCAGAAAUGUGUGCCAACUGAAAAAGUUCCAGAUUUUGUCCUGGUCAGGUUUCCAAAUCCCAUCAAAAUCCUUUUCUGACCUUCUUUACACUGUCAGAUUAUAGUUCCAUCAGAAUAUCUUUUUAUUGAUAGUGGUCAGGGUAGCAAAAAUCAUACAGUAAAUCUGAUGACCAUGACCAGUCUAGUUUUGGAAAGUCUUUAAUAAAACAAUUGAGGAUAACCAUAAUGUAUCAAUGCAUUUAACCUACCCUAAGAAAUCUAAACAUUCUCAGCAAUGUGAUCCAAGCAGAGCACCAUCAGAUCUGAGAAAGCUGCAAUUCUGAUUUUUAAAGAUUUAAUGAUGGCUUCAAAGGAUUGUUACUACUAAUCGUAGGUCAAGGAAUUGUUAGUGCCAGACUUCUAGUUAGUUUACAUGACAUACAUUAAGAAGCUUCUUGAUGUAUGUCAUGUCAUGCUUGAGUGAAGGCAAAGCAUAUCAAUCCAUUUGCUUUUACCUCAGUCCUUCCUUAGCUGCUCCCCACAAAUAGUCAGGCAGGUGAAUGUCUUCCAAAAUCUUUUUUGCUGUCACUUCCAUUCAUAUGAUGGGGAUGAUCAUACUAGCCCGAGCGUACAAUCAAAUCAGAAAAGUACAUUUGUACUUUUUAUAUCAAUUUGAGCGCACAGAGAGCUUUACAAAGAUUUUUAAGAGCAGCUUAAUUUUUUCUUGAUGCCCUACAAACAGCCGUAGCUGCACUUUAAGAAAAUAUUAGCGAAUUAUAAAGUACCUUGCUGUUUCUUCAGAGAGAACUUUAAAAGACGUGACUACAAAGAUGCCAAAGCAACUUUCUACUUGUUCACUGUUGUAUGCAAAGUCUGUAUAACACUUUCUUGCCCAAUAUUUUUUAUGCGCUGAUUCAAAGAUGUCAAGUAUUUUUAAAUAAAGCUUCAGAUAAAA